GUGAGUCUAUAUAGUCACAUGACACCGGGAGCCCAGUCCCGACAAUCUUCUCGCGAGCAUGCGGAGACAGAGGGACCGAGCGCUCUGGCGGUCAUCCGGGAUUCAUAGAACCGUAGUUACAUACGUAACUUUCGUUCUAUUUCAUCCCUACUGAUCGCCAGAGGCAGUGCUUCAAGCACUGGAUGACGCAUACCAACAGUGUCCCGAGGGAUCCUACGGAGGCCCCAAGGAACACAGCAACACCACUAACCUCAGCGGGACGCAUAAGGCGGUUGCUCCAGUAUUCCCUGCAGGGGAUGCGGCGUGGCAACAUUCACCCUGUAAAACCUGGCAGAGGUGCUUGGCGCCGUCCAGGAAGCAGCUUCACAAAUGGCCUCCAGAGGCACCCCGGUCAUGGCAGCCCACGAGGUGGAGAGGCUCCUAGUGGAGUGACAGCGCACGCCGCUCGGCAGGGGCUGGUCCUGCAAGGAGUAAGCCACAGAGAUCAUCUCCACAAUCCAACGUGGCAACCGCUGUCUAGAAAGGGCCUGACCCUUCCGAGAGCCAGCAUAACAAACGAAGAGACAAUCAGUCCGACGAAUGGGUGCCGUGGAGCGGACAUACGCCUCACGCACUCAGACAGGGCAAAGAGGCUCAGAGGGGGCACCAGGAUUAAAUCGGGAAAGCCGGAGCGGCAGCACACUGCCAGCCACUGCAGGCACCUUUGGCACAAAGGAAGCAUUAGUCCACAGUGUAACACCGGAGCCAUCUGGGUUCCACCGACAAAAUGGUUCAGACACAGAGAGAACAUGCAAUUCCCCCACCCGUUUGGCAGAAGCAAUGGCCAACAGGAAGGCGGUUUUCAGGGAGAGCCACUUGAGAUCCGCCCCUGUAACGGGCUCAAAAGGGGGGGACUGAAGAGCCGCAAGCACUAGCGACAAAUCCCACGUAGGGGCCACUGGGCGCCUGGGCGGACACAAGUGCCUGGCACCCUUCAGGAACAGCGCGACAUCCCCAUGCCGGCCAACAGAGCAACCACCAAACCCAACAUGCCAACGGGAAAUGGCUGCUACAUACACCUUCAAGGUGGAAGGGGAUCGCCCUAGAUCCAGCAACUCCUGAAGGAAGGACAGCAAAUGGGAAACAGGACAGCAAAUAGGGUCCAGUCCCUUACCACGGCACCAGACGGCAAAGACCGCCCAUUUAGCACCACAGGAAGCCCGUGUGGACGGUGCCCAUGCAUGUGAGCCACCGGUAGGUCACAUGUGACCAUGUUGUUAUUAAUUUCUUGACCUGCGUAUGCGCCAGAAUGAUCAUUCAGUGCUUGAAGCACUGCCUCUGGCGGUCAGUAGGGAUGAAAUAGAACUACUAAAACUAAGGGGCAGAAGUGUAGACAAAACUAAACACAUAUAUAACAGAAGGAAUAAAUAAACAUAACUAUUAAACCAAAAGGAACAGAAACACCUAAUUGAAAAAGUAAACAAAAACAAAACCCAAAAUAGCAGAUCCUGACACUCUAGAUCUUUUAUUUACCUGGCUUCUAAUGAGCUCAUGGUAGUUUCGCUACCCAUGCAUAUUUUUGUGUUAUCAAACAAAACAAGCCUGUUUGCCACUUGUUGCUCCAUUUGCAUAAUGCAGUAACAGGCAGCAGGUGGAAAGUUGGGCCUUACAAAGAAACCGAGUUGGCAGGUGGUGCUUUGAAAUGUGUCAUAAUUAGAGACUCAUUUUGGGAGAUUUAAUUGAAACAGUCUUCUUUUGAAAUUGGAUCUCUUUCUAUGCAAAUCAGAUCCUGCUCUUCAUUUGUAGAAUGAAAACAUUAUCUCCAAUUUUUCAGCUGAUGUUGAUUGAAAAGAAAUCAACGGCCAUUAAAAAUGUUUUAGUUGCUAUUCUCCUCUCGUAGGAUGGAUAUUAAUGAAUUCUAUGUUCAGGUCCCAUUUGACCGUUUAUUCAAUUUGAAGAUUGAAUACUAUAGACACGUAUGGGAACUCCAGCUGUUAUAAAAUCCAUUGUGAAAAAAAAAAUGUAAGAGAUUAAUCUGAAUACUGAUUUACAGAGAAUAAAGGUAAAGCACCUCAAGGUUAGUGUGGGUGGCAGCUCUAUUUCAUUUAUGAGUGACUGACCGGUCGGCUCUGAAAGACUGAUAACGCUUUUAUUUAUAUUAAACAGAGCAGGGGAAGGACAAGUCACACAGGAAGCCCAACGUGGUUGUCUUGUUGAAUGCACUGUGAUGUCAGGCCACAAAUGGAAUGAUAAAGCCCUCAUCAGUGGAAUGCAGAUAACACGAUUCACCAUGGGAACAAGAGGAAAUAGGAAGCAUCGAUGUGACAGCUGUGUCCUGGAUCUUCUUCCAGUUCACUACCUGGUUUCCAGCCGACCCCAAGUAUUCCAGAGAACCUAUUCAGACAAACUCCAGCUGGCAGCAUUCUGGCUCCUCUCCUGAGAAAUCCUGCAACGAACCCUGCUCACUCUCCUCCGUGCUCGUCACCCCAAGUGCCCACACCAGUGACAUACUUACCUCCUGGAAAUCACUUACCUCACUCAAACAGUUGUUAGCUUGGCCCCUGCAUAUCAUUCCGAAAGAUACUGACCUUACUUGUCGUCGUCCUCCUCACACAGUCGAGGUGCUCCUGGUUCCGGAUUCCUGCAAACAUUAUCUUACUGUUACAAUAAACCUGUUAAACCUUCUCCUGUCUUCUAGUUGUGUUCUGCAUGUGGGUCAAACCAGUACCUAAAACAAUGACACAUACUUGCAAUGCCAGCUGAAGAGGACUUGUAUUCUGUGUCAGCGGAGAGCUCAUCUUGGCGACAGGACUGACAUUGACUUUUUAUAUUGGGCCUAUCAAAAAGUGAUCGACUGGUUUCAUUGUAACUGAUGAAAAUGAGCCAAGGGACAGCAAUAUGUCUUCUGUCACUUAUAGAAAGAGAUGAAAUGUUAUACAAAGGCAUACAAACAUGAAAGUCAAAAAGAAAAUUGGACAUGUUUCUUUUGAUUCAUCGGGUCACCCUCAGGUGAGGCUCAGUUGAUCUCUCUCUCUCUCUCUCUCAACUAGCCUAAUGUCAAUUUUAAAAGGUGCAAUAUCCUUGAAUUUGGUUGUAAAAAUGACUGUGAUUACACAGAAAUUAUUCUUACAGCACCAAAUAAAAUAAAAAAAGCAUUCAUA